AUGAAGCACGGACCAAUGGCAUAUAUCCUGGCUCUGGCUCCUCAUACCAACGGCUUGUUUACGCACCAUAUGAAGCAGAAGCUCCUCACUCCUGGAGCUACUGUAUCGCAAACUGUCUCGGAAGAUUGGCAAGGACGUAUCUGGGGCAGGACGAAUUGCAGUUUCAACGCUCAAGGCAGAUCGGAUGGUGGUGGUCAGGCCUGCACCACAGGAGAUUGCAACGGUGUCAUACCUUGUCAGGCAGCCGGUGCCAUACCAGUGACGCUUGCCGAGUUCACCCUUGAUGCAGGCGACGGUCAAAGUUACUACGACAUCUCCCUUGUCGAUGGGUACAACCUUCCGCUGGCGAUCGUCCUUGUUCCGCACGGUAACUCAUCGCUGGACGAUAUCCCUCCGAACCUCACCAACCCAUCCUGCGAAGGCACAGGCUCCAUGCUUGCUCCAUCCAACUUCAACCCAUACAGCAGUGGGACGUUCCUCGGCACAAACGCUUCAUAUCCAUUGCCGUUUGAGACAAAGGUUACCACAAGUAAUGCUAAUCAGUGGUGUCCUUGGGAUCUCCAAGUCAAUGCCCCAUCCGCUCCUGGAGACAAUGUGUAUCCUUACCCCGACGGCAACAUUCAAAGACCUGCAUUCGACCCUUGCUUCUCAGCUUGCGCCAAAUACAACUCUGACCAAUACUGUUGCCUGGGCAAAUACAAUGGACCGCAACAAUGCAGUCCCAACUACUACGCCAAAGCAGCCAAGACCAUAUGCCCAGAUGCCUACAGCUAUGCGUACGACGACCAAACGUCCACUUUCAUCAUCCCUUCUGGAGCUGGUGUAGAAGUUGUGUUCUGUCCAGGUGGCAGGAGCACAGUCAUCCUCUCCACAAAAGCAGCGCAACUCAAAGAAUUGGCCAACACAGGUUCCGUAUCAAGCUCAAGCGGCUCAAAUUCCACAGCUUCCAGCUUUGCGUUCCCGAAUCUUGAUGCUCGAACACGUUACACUUUUUUGGUCUCUACGCUGGGGUUUCUCUUCAGCUACUGGUGA